AUGGCGGCCAUGGCGACGGAAGUCUCAUCGACCCGUCUCUAUUUGGGAAACCUUCCCCGAAAUGUUACAAAACAGGAUAUCGAAGAACAUUUCGGUACCCAUGGAUCUGGAAAGAUUACUGAAAUCAAGCUGAUGAAUGGGUUCGGCUUUAUCGAGUAUGAGGACGCCAUGGAUGCCCGGGAUGUUGUGCCAGAUGGCAGCGACUUCAAGGGCGAGCGACUGACUGUGCAGUUCGCUCGUGGUAAGACCCGCAAGGAAAACUUCCCUGGUCCAACAGAUCGCCCGGCGGUGCCCCGACCCCGUCGCACCAUGUUCCGGAUGCAAAUUUCCGGUCUUCCUGAAACUAGUUGGCAGGUUAGCAGCGCAAGUCCUUUUUAUUCCUCGGAUUAUCUGGAACUUUCCCCCCCCCCUCUGGAACUUGGACUGGACGGCACUGUGUCUCGCCAUCCCUUUGGUAACCCAAGAUUCGUCGAGUUUGAGACCGCCAACGACCUCAAAACUGCCGUGGAGAAACUGGACCAGAAUGAGUUCAAGGGUUCUCGCGUAACAUGUGUUGCCGAUAAACCCGCAUCUCAUGCCUUCUUCCAGAUUCAACCCUAUGAGGACCGUCCUUACCGAGAUCCCUACCGGUCCCGCUCUCCCCGCCGGCCCUACCCUCCUAUGGACGACUAUGACCGACGUUUUCCAGCACCUCGUGGAUACAGCCCCCGAGACCACUACCGGGAGCGAUCGCCUGUCCCAAUGCGCCCAGGCUAUUAUGACCGCGAUGGAUACGGACGCCGGACCCCUCCUCGCCCUCGCAUGGAUGAAUAUGGACCCCCCCGCCGCCCCUAUGAGGACCCUUAUGAUCCCCGGCCUCCACCUCCUCCCCGCCAUUACGAUGACCCUUACCUGGCUGCUCGGCCCUAUGGUCGUCCUCGCUCCCCUCCACGAGGUGACUAUGUCGCCUACGAGCGUGCCCCAAGAUACUGGUAG